CUGUGGCUGCUUACUGCCAAGUGCCUAAGGCAUGUUUCGAGGUAAUCUCCACGUGUGUAGUGUGUUGCACCAUAAUCGAAUCAUGCAAACUGGAAGGUCAUUGCUAAGUCCUUAACCAUAACUACUAAGUAAAAGCUUCAGCAAUAAUACAAGAUGUCUUUUGCCAAGCGUGACACAUUGCGUGAGAUUGAGCAGGAGGUCCAGCGUCGCUGGGAGGCAGAGGGUGUGUUCUAUAUGGAUGCCCCUUCCGAGGACCAAGUAGGGGAUAAGUUCGAUCACUCCAACAAAUACUUUGUGACGUUCCCCUAUCCCUACAUGAACGGCAGACUCCAUCUUGGACAUACUUACACCAUUCUCAAGUGCGAGUUUGCCGUGGGUUACCAACGUCUCAAAGGAAAGAGAUGCCUCUUCCCAUUCGCCUUCCAUUGUACUGGCAUGCCUAUCAAGGCAUGUGCAGACAAGCUCACACGUGAUAUGGAGGAGUUUGGUUACCCGCCAGUGUUCCCUCAAGAGGAGGUGAAGCCAGCUGAGCCCACCAAACAGGUAGACCCUACCAAGAGAGUCAAGAAGGUCAAUAGCAAGGUGGCUACCAAGGGAGGAGGGGGCGUCCAUCAGUGGGACAUCAUGAAGAGCCUCGGACUCAUGGACGAGGAAAUUAAGAAGUUUGCUGACUCCGCCCACUGGCUCACGUACUUCCCCCCCAUCACUCAGGCGGAUCUCAGGGCUCUUGGAGUCAGGGUGGACUGGCGUAGGUCAUUCAUCACCACGGAUACCAACCCAUACUAUGACAAGUUUGUCCGCUGGCACUUCAACACUCUGAAGGAGCGCGGCAAGAUCAAGUUCGGGAAGAGGUAUACAAUAUUCUCCCCUCAAGACGGUCAGCCGAGCAUGGACCACGAUCGAGCGUCCGGGGAGGGAGUGGGACCACAAGAGUACACUGUCAUCAAGAUGAAAGCCCUGGAGCCCUACCCACAGAAACUGAGUUCCCUGGCUGGGACCCCUGUGUUCCUGGUGGCGGCCACACUGAGACCAGAGACAAUGUAUGGACAAACCAACUGCUGGGUACGACCAGACAUGAACUACAUUGCCUUCAAGACAAAAGACGGAGAGGUUUUCAUCAGCACUAAGAGGGCAGCUACCAAUAUGGCCUAUCAAGGAUUCACAAAAGAGUUUGGAAAGUUUGAGAUCGUUCUCAAUAUCAAGGGGGAGGAUAUUUUAGGGCUCCCGCUGAAAGCUCCACUGUCUGUGUAUGAUGUGGUCUACACUCUGCCCAUGCUCACUGUCAAAGAGGACAAAGGUACGGGGAUUGUGACCUCUGUACCUUCGGACUCCCCUGAUGACUACGCUGCUAUCAGGGAUCUCAAGAAAAAACCGGCCUUCCGUGAGAAGUUUAGAGUGAAGGAUGAGAUGGUUAUGCCCUACGAGCCAGUGGCCAUUAUAACCAUUCCUGAGAUGGGCAAGUUUUGUGCAGUGUACGCCUGUGACAAGCUAAAGGUGGCCUCACAGAAUGAUAAGCAGAAACUGGAGCAAGCCAAAGAGAUGACUUAUCUGAAAGCCUUCUAUGAAGGGGUGAUGACGAUUGGAGAGUUCAGUGGAGUCAAGGUACAAGAUGCCAAGAAGAAGAUCCAGGCCAAUAUGGUGGCUAACAAGGAGGCUAUUCUGUACCAGGAGCCCGAGAGAGUCGUCAUCUCUCGCUCUGGGGACGAGUGUGUUGUUGCACUCUGCGACCAGUGGUACCUUGAUUAUGGUGAUGAUGAGUGGAAGGGACAGACAAGAACUGUUCUGGAGGGAGUCAGAACCUAUUCGGACGAGGCUAGGAACAACUUCCUGGGCACUCUUGAUUGGCUGGAGGAGCACGCCUGCUCUCGCUCGUACGGACUGGGCACUCGUAUCCCCUGGGACGAGAAGUACCUCAUCGAGUCACUAUCAGACUCUACCAUCUACAUGGCUUACUACUCUGUGGCCUACCUCCUGCAAGGGGGCGUGGUUGACGGGUCAAAGACCGGCCCACUAGGCAUAAGACCUGAGCAGUUGACGAAGGCUGUGUGGGACUACAUCUUCUUUGGAGGAGAGCUACCACAAUCAGACAUACCAGCUGAUCACCUCAAGAAGCUCCGCAAUGAGUUUGACUACUGGUACCCACUGGACCUACGUGUGUCAGGCAAGGACCUCAUUCAGAACCAUCUCACCUACUUCCUGUACAACCACCAGGCCAUCUGGCCCACCCCUGUGAGGGGAGAGGAGCGUUGUCGAUGGCCCAACGCCAUCAGGUGUAACGGUCACCUCAUGCUCAACUCAGAGAAGAUGUCAAAGUCGACUGGCAACUUUCUGACAAUGAGUGGGUCAGUAGAAAGGUUCACGGCUGACGGCACUCGUCUAGCUCUCGCUGAUGCUGGGGACACACUUGAGGAUGCCAACUUCAUGUUUGAGAUGGCAGACGCUGGGUUGCUCAGGCUCUACUCUCAGGUAGAGUGGAUCAAGGAGAUGGUAACAAGUCAGGAGACCCUCCGCUGUGAUUCUCGGGACAACUUCAAUUAUCAAGACCGUAUCUUUGACAACGAAAUGAACCAUCUCAUCAGGUUGGCUGACGAGGCCUACGAGAACAUGAUGUAUCGUGAUGCCCUCAAGAGUGGAUUCUAUGACCUCCAGACUGCCCGUGAUCAUUACCGUGACAUCACAGCUGCUGGAGACGGAAUGAAUUGGGUCGUGGUGAAGAAAUUCAUUGAGAUCCAAGCUCUUCUCUUGUGCCCCUUCUGUCCACACAUCUCAGAGCACAUCUGGACCCUGCUUGGAAAGACGGAGACCAUCAUGAAUGCAGUGUGGCCGGUGGCUGGGGAAGUAGAGCUGUUUCUCCUCAAGGAGGCUGACUACCUCACAUUCGUAUCUCACGAGUUUAGAGUACGGCUGAGGAAGAUGAUGGAUAUGAAGGGGAAGAAGUCUGGGUCAUCUGCUCGACCUGAGUAUGGUGUAGUGUACGUUGCUCUCGAGUAUCCUAAAUGGCAGCACCAGGUGUUGGUGAAGCUGAAAGAGAUGUGUGGUGUUAACGGCAAUCCUAGUCUACCUCCUAAUAAAGAGGUCUUAGAGAAGCUUAAAACCAUACCAGAUGUCAAGCCUUACAUGAAGAAACUCAUGCCUUUUGUUGCUAUGGUGAAGAGUGCCCUCGGGGAGAAAGGAAUGGAGGCUCUGGACUUGAGAGUUCCCUUUGAUGAGAAAGCCACUCUGGAGAGAAACAUUAACUAUCUUGUCCGAUCUCUUGACCUGAAAGAGAUUUGGGUAAAGAGUGUGUCAGACUCAACAGAGGCUAAGAUUGCGGACGAGUGCAUUCCUGGAAAGCCCAUCACUGUCUUUACUGCACAACCAUAUGAGCAAUUCGUCCUAGUCACGAUGGUUAACCCCCAAGUCUCGACCCCCUACUUCACGGUGCAACUGCCAGUUUACAAUGGAGACAAACACUCACAGGUGGUGGACCGUAUCCGUAGGACAAGCGGUGUCCCCGGCAACCUCAAGAUGGAACUUUUUCGAUACGAGACCGACUCCCGUUCCAUCCCCGUGUACGGAGCAACAAAUGAGGUGGAAAGGAUUGGACAUGAGGCCAAGUUCCAGCUGUCAAGUGGGUCUCUGGUGUUGGUCGAUGGAGACACCUCACAAUCCCUUGGCACUCACAUGCAAUACACUGUGGACAUGUCUUAAAUGAACAAUUUAUGUUAUUUUGGAAUAAUAUUAUUGUUUAAAAACAGCUGAUUUUUGAUCGAUGCAUAUAUAAAAAGAAGUACAAAUACUGACUAUUGUUUUGUUUGUUAUGACUGUAUUUUUUGAGUGAUGGUGUGAAUGUUUAUAACUGUUCUUCAUGAUUGAAAUAUGUUUUCUUAGGA